AAAUUCGGAACUUUUGUGCCACGUAUUUAAGACUUGAUCUCUUUUAAAUAUAGUUUCCAUACACUUAUUUGUAGCGUGCUUUUGAAAGGAUAUAUAUUACACUAUUUCUCUGCAAAUCAAAUGUGAAGAGCUUCACCAUGAAAUAUUCAAUUACGCAGAGACUAUUUUUGCUUCUGAUAGCAGUGAGCAUUCUUUUCUUCUAUAUCGGAAGUUGCGAAAUAGUUAACGUUUGUUCCCAAGCUAGAACUUCCUUCAAGAACAAUGAUUCACGAAUUGAUAAAGGGUCUAUAACAGAAAACGAAUGGACUUUAACAAAAAACGGAUGUGCUCACAGUAACGAAGUAUUGGUGCUAAAAGUGACAAGUAUAGACUAUGAGGAGUGGGCUUUCUUUAGAAUUAGGCGUCAACAUUCUUUGCAAGUGUCAACAAAUGAAUGGAAGGGAGCAAUUCUGAAAAGAGACGAGAACAUGUGCUUUUUGUUUAAACCUCGUAAUAUAUACAAACCUGAUUUUUCAAUCAUAAGUUCGGAAGGUUGUGUGGGAGCUUUUUGGAUAGUACAAGAUGAUAUAUUUCCUGUGAAUAUUAGUUUCACACCGUCUUAUUAUAUGGACUUUGAGUUUUCCAUCGAUAUGGCAUAUAUCUACCAACAAGAAUUAACAACAACACCAGUUAGAACCACUCGCCAUAUCAGUUACAAAGCUUCCAAGCCAUCCAUUAUAUCACACGACAAUGAGUCAUUUCCUGCAAAGAACUUACCCGAAAAUGAGUCACUCAAUGAAGCUAACUUUACCUUAAGUGGCGUCAGCAUGGUGAUUGGCCUCAUCAUUCCUACUGUUAUUUUGAUUAUAGCAAUUUGGUUAAUACUAUGGUAUCGAAAACAGCUUAUGAUUGCAAAGCAACAAGGAAAUGUGGGAACAGAAAACAUUCCAAACAACGAAAACUGUCCGAGAGAAGGCAAUUUGGAUUUAGAGACCAGUGGUGAACAUCAAUACGCAGAACCAGCUUAUUCUGAUAUAACUAUUGAACCAACUUACGAACAACCAAUGGAAAGCACCUACCAAAAUUUAUAAUAACUGAUGCGAACUGACUGAGACGUUGAAAAGCUUGAAACUUUGUUUUUAUUUUCAGUAAGCUAAUGAAAUUCAAGAAUUAUCAUUUAGUUUUUAUUUUAUUAUUUAUAUUGAACAUUCAAAUUUUCAAAUCUUGUUUAUUUUGUAAUAUUACUUUAAUCUAUAUAACGUAUAUAACAAACACUUACUCAAAAGCUCUAAAAUUAUCGUGGAUUCUAAUUUCAAGUAACAAGUGAUAUAAAGGAAGCAAUAGUAAUUUAUUCAAAUAACUAAUAAGGAACAAAGAGAUAAGCUGAUUUAAAAUUGUCAGCUAUGCUGAAUCAUAAUCAUAUAUCGUAGCAAAUUUGCAAUGUGUCGCUGUUUUUCCAAUGCUUUUGUUGUGAAAUAUCGCCUUUUCCUUCAACGUUUAAACCAAUUUAUUUGAAGGUUUUCGUGGUUAAAGGAUUGUUGGAGUUACUAGAUUUUUUUUUCAUUCAGUUUAUAAAAAUUGCUGUGGGCUCUAUAAGAUUCUUUUGGUGACGUGAUCAAAAUUACGUAUUGCUCACCGUGCCGUUAUAAAGAGAAGACUUAUUAAAUUUAUAAUACAAAAUUCAGCACAUGGUAUUGCAAUUAAUAU